AUGGCCGAGAACGGCAAGGCAAGCGGCACACACACCGCCAGCGAAACCAUGAGCCCUCAAGAGUCCGACAUCAGUUCACAUGAAGAGAAUCCAGCGCUCGGCAUGACGCCCUCCGUGUUCCCGAUGUACAGUGGCGAGGAAGAUCGCAGAGGUCGAUUCCAAUGGCAGACCCAGGUUCCUCAGAAUGUCGCACGUCCUGUCGAAAAUACCGAAAGUGAGAAAUGGGCCAUCAUCGCCCGCCGUUCCCGCGUCUAUGGCAACUCUGAAAGGACCUACGCAAUAGAUUCCAUCAUCGUCCAGAGCCCGCUCCUUAAGGUCCUGUUAGAAGAUGUCCUCGGCGGAUACCCAGGUGUAACGGUGGCUUUAAAGCGUCUUGUGUUCGUAGGACGCUGUGAACCACUCAUUCACCGCUGGCCAGCUUUGCGGGAGACGAUUGAGUCGAUGCAGAAGAAGCGUCAGGACGGUGAAGGGAAUGCUCACUUAGAUGAGAUCAUCCUGCAUGCGAAGCUUCUUGAUGACCUGCUGCAAGAAGAGUUUGGGGAAAUCAUCCAGGCAAUCACUGAUUACAAGCACAACGGUGUAAUCACUUUUCAGCACCUCUGGACGAUAUUCGAACCGAAUAUCCUCGUCUUCGCCCCAUACCUAGGGCAAAAUCGCGCUCUCCUGCUCCGAGAAUCGAGUUAUGACAGGGAUAACGGCAAGCCUUUCUUCGAUCUCAUAUGCUCAUACGUUGACUUUGAUGGAGAGCGCGUCGUGCCACAGAGAACCCGGUUGAUCAUACCGGAUUUCAGUGGUACCAUGGCGAUCAAAAACCUGGCAGCGUUUCCGUUGAAAAUGCAUGGUCAAUUUAAGCAGAUGCGGACGAGUCUUGUUCAGCGUGGCUGCAAGUUUGAGUUGUUGGCUGGUACUCAUUAUCGCAAUUACAGCGGCCCGGCAUGGACACGCAUAAUGAGCAAAACCAGAAAACAGUACAAUGUGAAAGGACGCGUGGUGAUCGACGCAUUCGCAUUCAAGCAGUGCAAUCCAGGUGACCUUAAUUGUGUCAGUACAGCAGAAGUUCCAGACUCGGAUGAUAUUGCCCAGUUCUCUCGCAUAGUCAGGAAUUUGGUUGGUGGCAAUGACGAGGUUUCAGACAUAGGCCAUGGCAUUGCCACCGAUAGCAACGUGCCCGCGGGUGGCUCCUUGGAACGCGACGGCAACCUCAACCGCCCAAAACUCGACGACAGCUUGAAGCUCAUCUGCUCGCCUUUUAUCCGUGGCUAUGCUCUGAAAGAGAAGAAAUGGUUCUGCCUGUGCGUCGAUGCCGUUUCAGAAAUUGCCUUCAACGAGCUCGCGUUCUCCGACCUCAGACUAGCAGGCCAGCGAAAGGAUCUCAUACUGGGCUUCCUGUCUUCCAAGCAGUCGUACCGGAACACUUUCGAUGAUUUAAUCGAAGGGAAAGGCCUCGGUGUCAUUAUCCUGCUUUCUGGUCCUCCUGGUGUCGGAAAGACUCUUACAGCGGAAUCAGUCGCUGAGCAGAUGAGGGUCCCUCUUUACAAUUUAGCCGCUGGUGAUUUGGGAUUCGACGCGAGGAGCGUCGAGAAAGUUCUAUCAUAUGCCAUGUGGAUGUGUACACGCUGGAACGCAGUUCUUCUCCUCGACGAAGCUGAUGUACUGCUGGAACAGAGGAGCUUCCACGAGCUGGAACGCAACAAGCUCGUGUCUAUCUUUCUCCGCAAAUUAGAGUACUACCAGGGCAUCAUGUUCCUGACAACGAAUCGCGUAUCAACAUUCGACACAGCAUUCCAGUCCCGCAUUCAUAUCUCUUUGGAAUACCCCGAGCUCGACAGAAAGUGUCGCAAGGGCAUCUGGGAGGUGUUUCUCAGGCGGCACGAUGAAGCCCAGGAGAAGGCACGAGAGAAACCUGUUCCUGUUAUCGCUAGCACAUCCAAGGCAUCCAUGAAGAGGGCCCUUAGCCCUCCGACCUCUGCAAAUUCUGAUGCAGGCGCCUCAGCGGAAAAUCAUGGACCGGAGAAUCAGCACCGCAAGCUUACACAGCCUCAUCGGAUCUCUGACAAAGAAGUCGACAAACUGGCUGAUCUGAAGCUGAAUGGCCGCGAAAUCAAGAACUUCUUGAAAACGGCGCAGCUGCUGGCAGUCUACAGGGAAGAGGCUCUGGAUUACGGACAUAUCCAGACUGCUGUGUCUGUGACUCACCAUUUUCACACAGCAAAUGUGGCCAAUGAGGAGGCACUAGCGAGGGUCUAUAACUAG